ACCCACCUGGCGCUACUAGUUGUAUAUAUAAUAACGUUGCCUCGCUUCAUGUCCACACAACUGACUCAUUACUUGGGUGAUAAUCGAACGCAAGCACUCAUGUCGUCGUCCACUGUUGCUGUCUUGGGCUUCAUCGCCAUCACGUGCAUCGCCUCGUUCUGGGUGGACGCCGACUUAACCGAAGACAUUCAGAAGAUCACGAACAGACGAAGAAAUCUUGAACUGGUACGAGAAAUCGUCGACGAUCUGCACCGACAACUUACUUCCCUGCAUAAACGUUCUUGCCACAUCGAUGCUGGUUUGAAUCGGGGCUGCGACUACAAGGACAUCCUGGACGCCGUGGAAGAGAACAAGUUCUGGAAGUCCAAGGACUCACCCGGACGCAGGAAAAGGUCGUCUCUGGACUCCCAGGGCCCGACGGCUGUCCCUGUCGCUCGCAGAAUGCACGCAUCUCUCCAGCAACAAAAGGCCAAAUGAGUCGUCUCUUUCUAGAAGCUUUCUCGUAGCCACAACAGCCACCGGCGAUGUACAAAGUAUAUUAUAUGCGCGGUCGCCAUAGCUGCACGGUAAGCUGACGAUUACGCAACCAUGGUCCCAACACUCUAGAAUACACACCUCUUUGAUCGCUGCCAAACGACUGUCGUCUCCAAGAUGACAUCGCGCACCAAAUGUCCGUUGGUCGUCUACUAACAAAAAGCAACUUCGCAAUAUGUUAAUGGCUAAGGUCUGCUAUUCUAGAAUGUGUUGGGAAUGGCAAUUUCUAAAUGGAGUAUGGCGAGAAUUUGUACUUUUCCAGUAUCUGUCAACUUCCUCAACUCCCGUCCACUCCACUCCGGCUUCUUCCUUCCCUUGUCGUCUGCGCAAUAAAGCCUAUUUUUCGUUUUCA